GGGCUCUUGGUUCUAUGAAGAAUGAACAACAUGAACAACAGUUUGUGAGGAACGUUGGAAAUAUGAAAACCACAUGACCUAUCGUGGAAGGAGUUCGCGUACUGAAAGAAAGCUGCAUCAUUAGGACAGUUUGAGGACUCUACAAUCUCGCCGUAAUCGUAGGCUGACACUGGAGACGGUCGCAGAUAACUUGAGCAUGGGCAAAUCGUCGUCCGUCGAAGAGACUAUGAGAAAAAGAGUUAGAGAGAGAAAGAGAGCCAGAGAGAGAGAGAGGAGAAUGAUGAGAACACCGAAAAAGUGCUUAUGGCUGUGCGUCGUUUGUUGGCGUUCGAGCCAUAUGCAAAACUGCAAAUCACGAACAAUCAAAAAUGGACUCCACAUGACUCGACAUGAACUCAUGCCUUUCCCUAUUUUUUUUGCUGUAGCUUCUUGUGUAUAGAACAGUAGAAACAGUUGCUACACGACUCCAUGAACAACCUGAAAUAGAGAAAGUUAAUGAACAUCCACGAUCAAAAAAAGCAAAUGUCGUCAGAGUAAAGGGAAACAAGAAAUAGUCCCGCUCUCCCCGAUCAGUUUCAGCAGACUCUAUUAAGGGUUACCACAUAAUUGCAUUCUUCACUACUAUCCUUGACUGGUUUUCCAGUAGGAAAGCGAAAGGGGUCAGGGAUGCGCUGAAGAAUGCAAUGUCGUAGCCACUAACUGCCGAAGAAAGUUGAGCUGGAAGCUCGACUCAAACGAAUACCUUUGACAGGUAAUCUUUUGUUUUUCUUCGUCGUAUCUUUUGAAAUACAUUUUUAUGCUGUUUUUAGAAGCUGGAAGGUUCCCUCGCAAUAUCGUUAUGUCUCAACUACAGGUGGGGAUUACGAUUCAACGACUUCCGUUGUGCUGCCUACUAAUAUUUGCGGACGAGAAAUAGACGCUUUCACACUUUCACAGGUGCUAGAUCUUGCGACCCACGACAAAGCAGACGGCAUUGUUUCGAGUUCUUUCAUGAUCAUCCCUGACAUGAUACGCUUGUAGGGGAAGCAUUCGUCACUAUUUUCAAAGCCUCUUGUGCAGAAGUUUGCACUCGAAAACUCGAGAUUUUGGAAAAAGCGAUAUUUCUGGUGAAAGCUUCGCACGACCAAGAAGGUGACUCUUGGUUUUGUUGAAUGGUAUUUACUUGGUUUUUUUGGUACUUAGAAGUAGUCGGUUAUUCGUAGUCGCAUGUUGGUUACAAGGAGAAUUACUCGGGAUGUCAAUCAAUUAAUCGUAGUCGUAUUUCGGUCUGCUGAUCCAAUUGGAUUUUCCCUAUUCAUCUUCUAUUAAUUAGGAUUAUCAAUUUUCAUCAAUCCGUCUUCCUCUCAUGCAGCAUUGUAGUCACUUCACUGUAUGCACCGUGGGACGUGGGAAAUGUCAAUCACAUGAACAACUACAGGUCUCAUUUCCGGUUUUCAGAGACGAGACGCCAGAGAAAAAGGGCAUCAUUUUUUGUACCUAACGCCUGACCCACGACACGCUGUAACAUAUCAUCACGACAAUGACAAGUUUCCUUACAGCGAACGGUAAGGCCUUGUCAGCCUCCACCAGGGGACUAGGUUCUAGCAUUCCCAGUCUCUCAAGCGGGGAUCGAGAGCGCCUUGCACGCAUAUUCGACGAUGACGAUGAUGAUGCUGCUCCUGGUGCCGUUAACACGAAUGCCAAGAAUGCGCUUGUUGCGUCACUGUCAGUCGCAGGUGGUCUUGUUACCGCUACCACAGGUAGUGGCGCUACUAGUGCAAUGCGAAGAAGUGAAACGCCUACUGCCACGACUGGUGCUCCGCAAGAAACGUCUGUGCUGGGGGGCAGCCUUCUUACUCAACAAAACAGUCUUCUCGGACCAGCAGGGGGACGCUUGCCAGCGGUUUCGUCCUUUUCGACUGCUGCUGGUGAUAAACAGAUCUUCUUCAAAAGGGGUGCAACAAUAAAAGAAAAUGCUAUCAGCCAGGGUGUUGUGUCUGAUGCAGCAGCCCAAGCGAGACUGGCACGCAUCUUUGCAGAUUCCUCAGAUGAGGAGGUUGAUAAUUCUGGAGAGGGAACGAAAAAGGCUAGUGCAACGAUGGCAGCAAGCUCUCUGAUGACAACACUGAAGCGACCGAGAACCAAGAAUGAACACGAGGAUGAUGAUGUUGGCACAGUUGUACCUCCAGGACAACAAGUGCACGUAGGCGGGAGCAAUACCAAGACCAAAACUAUAGGAGCUCAGCCAGCUCAUGCUCAGAAGGGCCAAGGCCCACCUGCAAGGAAGAAGGCGAAGCCUUUCGUACCACCAAGACGUCUAGAGGUAGUUCCAAAGAAAGUUGGGUCCUCAUCCUUGACGUCAUCAGCUUCGUCUUCUUCCGUGGUAAAGCAGGAGCCGAAGAAAAAAGUUGCUGCACUACAAGAAGACGACGCCAAGACGUUGCCUUUGGAGGUUCUUGUUCAACGUCAACGAGAAAAAUUCAUGGCGCUCUUUCUACAAUUGAGACGACGACCAAAAGAGUGGCUGCAAAAUGCCAAGAAGGGUCGCCGCGAAGCGCAAGCUUUUGACGCUUGGUGGAGCGAGCUACGCCUUUCACUGAUGUCGGAGAAGGGUGAACAAGCAUCAGCGGCACGAAGCAGCACGGCAGCACCUCAAGGGCCGUUUGGGUUUGGCACGACAAGCGCACUGAGAACGACCGCAAGUAGUGCUUUUAGUUCUUCUACGUUCCCCUUUCUAGCUCCGCCUGUUGACAGCCACAUCCACUCCGACAAAAAGAGCUCUUGCCACAGCUGGCUACUCUUCAAACGACUGUGCUUGCGUGUUGCGCGGGAAUUGGUGCUAAAAUCAGGAGUCGAAAACUCCUGGCCAUCGAAGAAGAGCAGCUACACGACGGACAUGACGAGCAGUCUUCUGAUUCUCCAUCCGUAUUUCGCGACUCUGUCGGACGGCCACUGGUUUCGUCUCCAGACGGAAUUUUUCAUGCCCCGUCUGGAGGACGUUGCUAGGCGUUGCUCGUCCCCAGGACAUACGCCAGUGGACUGGCUCUUCAAACGUUUCCGCGAUGAAAUGCAUGAAGAACGCCCGCGGCAGAUUUCAGCGCUGCGUCAACUGCUGGAAGAAGUGACACAGAGAAGCAUACUCGAUGAACAUCUUAGGCGAUGGAGCGUCCUUUGUGGCCGGUUUGCAGCCGACCAUGCCCCCACUGCUACGAGUAGGGACUGUGUUCUGGCUCCCAGUGGCAGUGACCCUAGUACCUCCCUAACCACGAAAGCAAAGCAUGGAGAUAAGAACAGCACGACAAACAUAGCGUCCACACCUGGGAAGGUCAUCAAACGACACUAUUUAGCUGAGGACGCCGAGCCGUUUCAUGUUAGACUAAAGGCGCACUACAUCGAGCGGCCCGAAGCGGAUCCAAUCGAAGAUGAGUCGUCUGAUGAUGAAGAUGAGCCUCCGCAUUCAUCUGCAGUGUUACUUGGGAAAGAUGGGCGCGCGAGUUCCUUCGGUGCAGCGAGUUGUAUUCUUGGAUUUGGACGAGGUCAAGGAGCAGCAGGACCCGGCUUCGGCUUUGGUCUUUCUGCGAGUUCAUGCUCAGCGUCUGACUCGAAUUGGUCGAAGAACUUCGUUUCCUGUGGGCCUCACGCGCGCUCACACAUCGUCGGAAAAGAUGUCGUGAUGAAGGAGCGAGAACAAAGGGAAAGGAAUGGAUCAGCAAGAGAAAACCAACAUCAACACCAAGAGCUGCAGUCAGGAACAUCAAACAAGUCCUUGCUUUUCUUAUCAGAUGGCUUUUACCUGAUCCGUGUUGAGGUCAUGAGCCCUGUGCUUCUAUCCCGGAUCGAAGAAGGUACCGCUUUGGACCUGCAGUGUGCACGUCUUACCGGGUCUGCCGAACGCGAGACCUGGUGGGAUAUCAUAGGGCUAGACGCUGUCACUGCAGAAGUAGAGAAUCCUCUUCGCUUUCAGCUAUUUUGGAACUCAACAGGCUUCACCGAUAUCGGCGUCGAGGGCUACAACAGGAUCAGCAGUGGCAGUUGUGCUCAAGUAGCUGGUCUUGGUUUCACGCCGACGCGUCCACAACGCAUGUCCGAAACCAAAUGCGACAAUCCUAAUGCGGGUGUGGUGCCGCUUCUUGACGUAGUUGUAGUCCGUGCGAUCAUGUCGACGUUUACGAGGAAUCAGAAAGGCAGUAAUGACGAGCAAACGAAGAGUACUAGAGGACAAGGAAAACGAGGUUCGGGAGGAAGUGCCGCAAUCGCCAAUGUUUCAUCUUCCGAUGCGCCGCUGCGGGCAUUUUUUGCGGGCGGAGAUCCCACAGCGAUUGGGCGACAAGGAACCAUGAAAGAACCAGGGACGUCAAGUGCCAUAGAAGACGAUGGCAAUGAAGAAGAUAAGCGGUUGAUUCUGGUAGUGACAGAUCAGCACCUGGCGCAUGAAGACGGUGGACAGAGUCGUGGUAUUAAGGCUACAAGAAAUCCAUCUUCGCAGGGAUCUUGGUCCCGUUUUUCAAGGGAAGAGGACGCCCAAGAUGCUUCUGAAGAUGGAUUUCUAUUAGUUCUAAUAAUAGUUGUAGGGAUUUUGAAGAAGACAACAGCACCGCCUUCCUUGGCAGAGUAAUACUUCGUGCAUCGUCACCAGAAGCGCUAGCAGAAGACGGAGAUGUAGUUGGUAUGCGGUUACGCGUUUCGCUUACUAAGCGUUACGGCGCAGAUGGCUUUCCGACAUUCUAUCCGACGAGACACAGCCGCAUUGUCGAGUAUAAUGAAGAACCAGGCCAACUACAACAGGGAUCUACCAUGAAAAACAUGGACACAAAGACAAGACAAAGUCUCGGCAACGUUCUUCCCAGCGAUGUUUCGGCAAGAGCGCGGAAACGAUUUUGGCGUAAUCUAGGAUUUUUGUCCGAUUGCGAAGAAAAGCAGCAAGAUAGCGAGCAACGUGCUUUACUUUUACAUGCUGGACAGCAAUUGCUCAAAGGCGUGUACUAUGACUUUUGUGGCAUCCUCAUGGGCUUGCAGCAGGAGGACAGCACGCUGUACGGUGGAGAGCCUUGCCUGAAGGUCCAUUGCUUUAUCCUGGUGACAGAGGAGAUUGAGCUUGAGGGUACCAAGGCGCCGCCUGUGUUGACCAGUUGCGCAACAUCUUCAGGCCAACUACGUCAAGAAAUAGUUCGACCUAUUCCAACGCCAACAUCCGCGAGCUGUACACCUGAUAAUCACGUGUCAGUUCCUGGUAUGGCAACAUCUUCCUCGACGUCCGUUGCAGCUGGAGCUGGAGGCGCCUUUGGCUUUGGUGGAUUUGGAGGCUUUGGACACUUUCAGCAUCAACAACUUCGAUUCUCAUCAGGAUUUGGAUCAACAUCAAACGGCUUCGGCUCAGUCGUAGCAACGUCAAAGACUCUAUCUUCCAUGAAUUUUGGAGGUUUCGGCCCUUGUAAUAUGGGCACGCCUUCGAGCCCCUGCUUUGGGUUUGCAGCUACAGCCGGGCUUGCUACAACAACACAAGGUGCUCCGAUAAGAACUUCGUCUGCACAUGCGAGAUUAGGAGCUGGGAUGGGUCAGCCUCACGCUCACACGAAUUACACGCCGGUUCCUCCUUUCGAACAGCAACAGCCGCUUCGAGCCAAUGCAGCCACAGCCAACCUAAAGUCCUCACAGCCUCCCAGCCACAAAAUUGCACGAUUAACAAUCAACGUCGGCGGCCCUUUGCAGGAGACAUCGACGGGGUGGAGACAUCUCCUUCACAAUUUGCGGAAGUUACGUACCACAGCCGAAGAUCUUGAACAAGAUGUUACCGGCAAAGGAAAGGACAUAAAAAAGCGUCUAGUGUGGUGGAAGAAUGCUGCCUUUGCUUGGCAAGACUCCUCUGCAAAAAUAUGGAAUUUUCAGGCCCACAUCAGCGAACUUCGAAUCGGAAGAGCUACGUUUCCGUGUCUUCCAACAGGCGCCGCUUUGGAUGAAGCAAUGACGGUUCUGGACAGGUUGAGGGUGGUGUUGGAGUGAUUUCUUCUUGUCCUCAAGGCGACCCAGUGGCCGAUCUCUGGAACGGAUAUCGGAAUUGGAACAAGAAAGAGUCGUAUACUUGCGCAGAGAACCGCUCGAUUAGUUUCGUCCACCAGUUUACACAGGAGAAGCUCAACGCAUGUUUAUGAAUCACAUGAAGAACAAAGUCAAAGGAAGCUGUGUCGAUGCAUGUUAGUUUCUUCCCGAAUUAUAUAGAAGCCAGAGUAUAUAGAAGCGACGCGAGAUAUAGGCCCAGCGACGCUCAAAGCACAUAAGUAAGACAGCCGGUUCGUUUUCCCUCUGAAUCUUAGGCUUCUCCCUUCAUGCAAUAUACAGAAGCCAGAGUAGAGAGGCAGAGCAAUACUUUUCACCAUCAAGUACUAGUAGUAUGUGGUCUACUUGUAUCUACUAGAUUUGCCAAAGGUAAUUUAGAUGGAUGGUAGGAGCAACGUGCUUCUGUUUUUGGGUACUUAAGGCACCUAAACAAAGGUGGAAGAUCGACCUCACUUCAUAACUCUGCAAGGCUGAAACUGGAGUAGAAUCCGAAUCUGAGUGAAAUCCGAAUUUUGCAAAGAAAAUUGCUCAUCCAGUAGAUACUACACUGGAGUGCUGCACGAAGUCAGAAGCGUGUCGUUGGCUUAAGCAAACAGGAGAGGUCAAGAAGGGAUGCGAUGCAGGGCACGGGCAGGCGCACUCUGACCACAUCCAAAUGGGCGAUUUGGACGCAUGUUUAUGAAUUAGUUGGAGAAAGUGAAAAAGUGUGCCCCUUCAAACGUUAUAAUGGCAGAGUAGAGUUAUAGCUAGCGCAAGAACACCUUAUUUCACGACUACCUAUGUGGCUUUGCGGCGUGGGCAGUUUCUGAUCGAAAAAGAAACGCCAGUUACUAGAACCGAUAAUACUAGAUGUGUGACGAAAAUCGUAAGUGGAUACUUACUAAGGAGAUACUUACUAAGGAGAUAGAUGAAGCUGUCAUCACGCCCGAUUAUCAUUGAAAGUGUGCCAUUGAUUAGUAUCCAGCAUGCAAAGACGAAUAUAUAGUCUCAUCACUAGGGAAGUGCAACAAUUAAGUCCUGCGAACGACCUCUUGCUAGGUAAGUGAAUGAAUGAAUGAAUGACUAGAAAUGGAAAUGAACCUAAAUGGUACUCGUGUACAGCGAACGUAUCUAGCAAAUGGUAGAAAGAAUUGACAAUUUACAAAGACAACAAGAAUUUGCAAAGAAACGAAUUUCAAACACAGCAUCAAUCUCAAUCAAACAAGCAAACAAACAAGAAGUCGUACCCGAAUGAAUUCAAAAUGCUGUUUCAGAUUGCUUACAAACUCCACAACAUCUCAAGAACUCAUACUUGAAUCAAUCGCAAAUGCUGUUUCGAAUGUACUUGUUGUUAAACGCCGAUCAAUCUUCGUUAAGUGGAAAGAACAUCUGACAUAGCUGGCGCGUUGGGCCUUUGGGAGAAGACAUCUCUGGACCUGUGCAUGAGUAUGAAGCACUUCACGCUGAACCUGGAGAGCUUUCCUCAUUUAAUGUUGUGCAUGAGCAGUGUGAAUAUGCAUGAAGGGGAAGUCGUGGGUCCAAUCCGAAUCGACUAACAUCAUCGUCAUGGAUAUGCGUGAGUAUGUGGGUGAAGCCAUAAGGUUCCAAGAACAUUACAUCAAGCUGUCUCUGUCAUGUUCACUAUCUCCACUUGGGGGGUGGAUGGGUGGAUC